AUGGAAAGCUGGAAGGUGCUCGUCCUUCUCUGCAUCGGCAUUGUCGUGCCAACACAGGCAUAUCUGACAAUGUCUGACAUCAAUCUCAUCCGCUACGGCCGAUCCUACCCACCAUAUAUGGAUCAGACGCCGUUCCAGUUCCAAAAUCACUUCUAUGAGCCGGAGCCGGAGGGUGCUGCGUUGGAGGAGCAGAAGGAGAAUGAGACGGCGCCACUGAUCGAAACAUCCGUCCUUAUGAGCAAUCCGCUCUACACCUGGGUGAAGAAGGUCAACCGCCUCUACAAGGUGAUCAGCCCCAACCGCGAAUUGGACGCCGAACCC